AGUUUGAGGGAGAAAAGAAGAACAUUAAGUGAAUUAGUGUAAUCCACCAGCUUUGAGGCAAUCAAUAUAUUCAUAUUUGCUCAAGUCUGUAAACUCUUAUGAUUUGUUAGAUUCAUUUCUGGAUCUAGCUUGCAUUUUUUACAAGUUUUGGCUCUUAAGUUUAAUAAUAACAUAUUGACUGUAUACAAGCUCAGUGUGAGUAUGAAACAACACUUAACUUCUGGACUUUUUUCUGUCAGUGGAUCAGAAGUUGGGGAGAUUCGUAUAUCUGGUUUACAAUAACAUUCUAAAUGGAUUUCUUUAAAGGAAUGUCAUCUUAAAAUCUUAUCUAGACAUUAUUUUUUGGCCAACUACUCUAUCUUGUUGAUGUAUUGAAUGAUAUUUCAGUCAGUAUUACGUAGCUUCAAGAUCAUGAGUGCCCUUUAAAGUUGCUCUUGAAUUUGUUAAAUUUGUUUUGUCUGAAUAAUUUAAUUCACUUUUUCCAGGUGCUGCAACAGGGUCUGGUGCUAGCUUUGGGGCUGCAUCUAAAUCAUCAAGGCCUAAAUCUCGAACAACACGGCGCUAGUCACAUUACCUGAACAUUCAAAUUCACUACAUAGAAGCAACUUAUGCACUGUUCAAAUGAUUAUUUAUGCAUUCAAAGAAAUUUCUCCCCUCUUGAGUCUUGACAUCAGCUUUAAUGUGGCAUCUUUUUCUCGAAGAAUUUGUUCAUUCUAGGGACUCGUUGUCCUAGUCCAGGAAAACUACAUUUGUGCUCCUAACAUGAAACACCCCAAUUCAACCUCAUUCCCUUGUCUUUUCGGCAUUGGAGGAAGAUGUUGCAAUAACUCCAUGUUAUUGUCUGUAACAUUGUAGAAUACCAUUGUAAGUAGUUUUCUUUUAUAGUGGUUAUUGUCCCAAAGAACAUUAAAACUUUCAAGACCAAUUUAUCUUCAGAUUGUGGGUGGUUGGAUUUAGCUUAUCAUAAGCAUACUUAUCCUGUACCGUACUCAUAGGGUUGGGUGGUCAUAGUAACAUUUUCCAUGCCACCAGAGAAUAAUUUGAGUUCGAUGGAAAACUCGAGUCUAUUUAUUCCGUACUUUAGAAUAUCACUUUACAGAUGGACUGGUUCGGAGACUGAAUUCAUUCUGCACUUGGACACUGAAUCGCAGCAGCGCCGGCGUCGUUGAAGCUCAUCCUGGAAGUCGGAGCUGGAAUUGGAGAGUGUCUUCUGGAGUAUUUUCCACCUGAGGAGAGGAUGUCUUCUGGCUCUGACUACUCGCUUUUGUGGCGGCUGUUCGACGAUUAUCUCCCUCCUUCCACCGAACCACAGGAAGUCUCCAUAUCCAAGGACGGAGAAAAACGCCUUUUGCUCGCUCUCUCUCAGCUCUCCAGAGAAAUUCAGCUGUUGACUGCUAACGCUACCUCGAAUCUCCGGCGAGAGGAUAAUCACUGUUUAUCUGAUAUAAUUUCACGUUUAAUAAGGCUGUUGACGGUCCAGAGUCCAUUUGUUUCACAUUUAGCUGGAAACAUUCUUGUAGCCAUCUCCGAGUUGGUUGCCUCAUCUGGAAGUGGGUGGGAUUUUUUUAUCCGCCUACUAUGUGUUUAUGCGGAAAUGGUUGUUACUAAUAUGUCAAAUGUUCAUUUUGAACCUUCGCCAUUGCAUAGUGAGUUGUUAGGUUUCUUGGUUGUAUUUAAAGAUAGGUUGAAAAAUGUCAACUGGCUUACAGUGGCUGGAAUUAUUCAAGUUUUACGGAAUAUUUUGAAGUAUUUGAAGCAGGAGCGGGAUGAUGAACUUGUGGAUGUUUAUUUGGAUUCUGUGAAUUCCUGUCUUCUCAAUGUGCCUUGGAGUUCCAUGGAUGUGAUUUUUGAUGACCAUUAUGGGAAUAAGAGGUACAACAUUCAAAAUGGCAGUGAAAAGGAGCCAAGAGUUUUGUUUCUUGGGAAUUUUAUUCAGUUCCUGUGUUCAUUUGCUGAGCAAGUAUGUUCUGUGGAAACUCUGGGGGGCUCCCUAGAUAAGCAUGUAAUUCUUCCCAAAAUCAUCAACCUUAUACCAAAACUUUUAUAUUGGUGCCUUGGCAAGGGAGGAAAUUGUGUCAACAAGCGCAUCUCUCAAUACUUAAAGCACAAGUUACUGGUAUCUGUUUCUCCCAAUUGUUUGUUAAAUUAACUUGUAAAAUACUUUUCUAGUUUAUGUAUACAUAGUUUGGUUGACCAAGGCAAAUUUUGUUGGAAUAUAUUAAAGAGUGUCAGAAUAUGUCUUAGAACUUUUCUACUGUGAUAAUUUGUUUUGAUGAUCAUAUAAAAGCAGUCUAAUAAUAUCUUGAACUGAAAACAUGCUUCAGGUGUUAAUGAUUAGGCUUAGUUGCCAAAUCUGUCUGGACUCUUUGGUUCUUCUUUCCUGGUUGACACUUCUCCACGAUUACUUUCAAGAGCAUUUGUAUGAACCUGUAAUGCAAGUUGGAGAUAAGGAUGAUUGCCUAGGAGAUUCUCCAUUUUUGUCUAGUGUUUCUCAUGGAGAGGAGUAUAGUAAGAGUAUGUCCUCUUGCCAUUUACAAAGACAAGCUAUUUUCCUUUUCCUGAGAUGUUCCAUCAGUUUGAUGAACCUCAAAGAAGACACUGAAAUGCAUUGUUCUUGUUCAACUGCAAGCCCCUGUUUGGUUUCUGAAGCAAUGCCAGAUCUGUGUUGCUGCACUAGAAAGAAAGGUUUGCUGCAGAUUUAUACAUGGCUUUGUGGACAUCUUCCAAUAGAUGUGUUUAUAGACCAUGAAAUGUACACAGUGAAGUGCAUAAAGUUUGCCUCUUUCU